AUGGAGAAGACGGGUCUGCGCAUCUCGACGUCGAGAAGCCUGCCGGUCGUCGAGGCCGAGAGUCCGCGCGUACUCACGUCGCCGACGCUACCCAAGCAGUCGGCCCUCGUCGCCACGUCCAGCGCUCAUGGCCGCCUCACGAUCCGCGUGCUCGAAGGCUCCGACUUUGGCCUGCCAUCGUUCGAGGCGCCCUCCGAGCCGGCGGCCAACACGACGGGCAUCAUGAAGUCGAUCCGCCGGGCGUCGCUGGGCAUGAAGCGGCCAGUCGAGGCCCGCGUCGCGUCGACAGCUUGCGUGUGCAUUGUGCUUCAGAUCGGCCAAGACCCUGUCCUCGAGUUUACGACGAGCAGCCUCCUGUCGGCGCAAGACACGUGGCACGAGGACUUUGCCGUCGAGUCGGCGUCGUCCGACGACGUGCUCAUGCUCUACGGCGUCAACCGACUCAAGAGCACGCCACACAAGUCGAUCGCGGUCGAUGCCUGGGACGACCAUCCCGCGUGCUUUGGCAAAGUGUGCAUUCCGCUCUCGCGCCUUCCCGAGCACGACGAGAUCGAGCAGUGGUACUCGUUCUCUGGGUCUCGGGCCGCGGUUCGCGUUGCGCUCAAGUUUUCGCCGGCGCUCUCAUCACUGCCAGCGAUGCACUCGCCCAUCAACGACCGUCAACGCGCCAAGAGCAAUGCUGCCGAGCCGGAAGAGAGCCCGCCAUUCGUCGAGUCGCCCCAGCCGACCCAAGACCAUGUGCUUCCCACAGGCAUCGUCGACUAUGUGCUCUUUGUCGGGCCGGAUGCCAACGACGAACACGUCGUGCUCUCGCGGUCGCCCAAAGACGACCGGAAGGACUUUCCGCUGCCGACAAAGAUCGAGUGGUUUUGCUUUCCUGGCGGCUACGAAGUGGCGCGGUCGACGACCAAGCCGCCGGCUACUGUCUUUUCGUUUGCGCUCAUUGGCGGCCAAGACGGGCUCUCGCGCUGUUACGGCGUGUGCGUCAUCGUGCACCACAUCAAGAUGGGCGUGCCACCGACGUCGAACGGCGCGCGGCAGUGGGAGCCGACGUGCGUUUGCUUCUUGAGCCGCCUCCCGCUCCUCCCGUCGCUCCACAUGUCCCUCCUCCAGCUCGUGAGUGUUUACUUGAAUCCGGACCCGACGAUCGCUCGCCUCGGUGGCCACGUUGUCGACCAGCUCACGCGCCGCCUCCCGCUACCCGUCGCUGCGCUCUUGGACGUUGCGGUUGCGAUCGUGCCGGGGGCGCCCGUGGCGUUCUCGCUCCGACACGCCGACAUGCAUGGCCUCAAGUACGCGCUGCCGCCCGCGCUCUACUCGCUCGAGACGUUCUUUCGCGUCUUUUCUCUGCACACAGCGAUCCGGCUCGUCGUCCUCGCGCUCUGCGAGUACCGCAUCGUCGUGCAUUCAAGCCAUUUGUCGCUCCUUUGCCCCGUCACCGAGAGCCUCAAGGCGCUCUUGUACCCGUUUCGAUGGCAACAUCCGUACGUCCCGAUGCUGCCGCGUAUCCUCUCCGAGUACCUCCAGGCGCCGCUGCCCUACAUUCUCGGCGUCCAGACGUCGUGGCUUCCGGGGCUCUUCGAGUCGGGGCGACCCGACAACCUCGUCCUCGUCGAUGUUGACCGCGGCACGCUCAACAUUAGCCACGAAGCGAGUUUGCCGCCGCUGCCGGCGACGCUCACAAAGGCCUUGUACCGCCGCCUCAAGCCCUUGGUGUCGGCGCCGCUAUGGAAUGCGAGCCUCGAGCACCGAGUGCGUCUCAGCUUUGCGUGCUACCUCACCUCGAUGAUCCAAGGGUACCGGGACUGCCUCUUUUUUGUCGACUCGAGCUUCCCAGUGUUCAACAAGCGGCGGUUCUUGACGACGACGGUCUCACCCGAGCGCACACCGUUUGUGACGCGCCUUUUGAGCACGCAGGCGUUCGAGUCGUUUUUGGAAAACCACAGUGGUAGCCGGCUCCACGCUUUCCACGCUAUUUAUUUGACGCUGAGCCAAACCGACGAGAUCACAUGGCUUGACGAACCGGCGUCAUCGACACCGACACCGGUGCCCGAGACACCGCUGCUGCACGUGUCGCUGUAUCCGCCGCGGGACAACGAGACGUGGACGAUGCGCGACGUCACCAGCAGCAUCCAAGCCUCCGACUUAAGUAUUCUCGAGCAGCUCAAGCUCAAGCCUGCGCUGGGUACACCACGGAGCAGUUCGAAUGUCUGGACAUACGAGAAGAUUGCCGAUACACUCAACAUCGACCGGUCGCUCUUUGAGGCCAACUGGACAAAGAUCAUGGACCAUUUCUCCCACUUUGCGCCACCGUCGCACGCCCCGACGUCGACGCGCGAGCUCUCGUCCGAAGAGGAGACGGUCCAGGAGAGCAUCCACAAGUGCCUCGUGUCGGUCUUUUCGUCGGAAUUGCUCUCGGACGACGAGUGCCGGGCAUGCCAGCGGUCGUUCAAAGCGCCGUACGCGCGGGAGCUCUUUGUUCUUAUUUUGAUGCAGCCGCACCACCGGUCCGAGCAAGCGUCCGGCGUGUACAACCCGCGCGGGUCCGGUAGCUGCCUCGGCGACGCCGGCUUCAAGCUCCUCGUGACGCUGGCCACCCAGGUCCUCCAAGAUUGCGAAAUCCACGAAGACUACACCAACGCAAGGGGUCUUCUUCAAGUCUCGGCACAGUUUUAUCGGCUCGUCGACGAUGGAGUGGCGUCCAAGCCGCCGCGCGUGCCUGGCUUUGGCGCACCGCGCGAGUACCUCCAGAAAUCCCUCAAAGCGCAGCCGAUUUGUCGGUCCUUGGACAUGUGGCACCACGCCUUGAGUCGCGACAUUGAAGCUGCGCUCAAGUCGGAGACCAUCGAGCCCCACACGGACGCGACGGCCGACAUUUCGGACGACAUGUUCUUCUCGCAGAUGGGCUCGCUGGUCUACGACAUGCUCAACUUGGACAAUGCGCUCGGGAAGGUUCAACUCUUCGUCGCUGGCAUGUGCUCGACGUACAACCGCGGCAAAGAAGUCCAAGACACAUUGUCGCAGCUGGUCGAGAACCUCCACCGCGCGAUCGUGCUCUCGAGUGACAGCGUCGCGUCAUCGACGGCCCAUGCGUCGUGGGCGCUCGCGCCGUCCUCGACGGACGCCAACUACGAGCUCGACAGCGUCAUUCGUCGGCGGAUUUCCACAACAACACUCGCGUCGUCGUCCAAGUCGUCGCUGCCGCCCGAGUCGAACGACGAAAACGAGAACGACCCAAACACGAUAUUGCUCCAGACGCAGAGUCCUGUGCUCUGCCUCAGUGUGUACCGCGAUCGUAUCGCGGCCGGAUGCUUGGAUUCGACGGUCGCCGUGCACUCGGCCGCCACGAACACGCGCUUGCAAGGGCAUGUCGGAGCGCUCACAAACGUCCAAGUCCGAGGCGAUAUGGUCAUCUCGGGCUCGCUGGACGGCACCUUGCGUGUGUGGGAUCUGCACACGUCGUCGCCGUCGUCGUCAUUGUCUCGCAAGCCGUCGCUCUUUCGCUUUCUGUCGCCGACGACCGACGCGUUGAUUGCAACCCCGAGUCCGUUUGACGAGUACCGGCCAAAGACGCUCAAGGGCCAUACGAUGCCAAUUGCAGCGCUCGACGUUGGACGGCAGCUCGGGACGUCGCGCUAUUGCCUCGCGUCCGGCGCCUUGGACAAGUCGAUUCGCAUUUGGGACUCCAGCAAGGACGCAUCGAGCGCGCAUCUGUCGCACUCGGCGCCCAUUGCGUGUCUCAAGUUUCUUACCGGCUCGACGACGCUCGUCUCUGGCGACGCAAGCGGCGACGUGGACGUGUGGGACGCGGCCGCGGGUCGCAAGAAGGCGCACUUUGCCGCGCACCGCGGCGGCCUCACGGACCUUCAAUUGGCCGGCGAUAGGCUCGUGAGCGCCGCGAACGACCGGACGCUCAAGGUCUGGGACGUCCGCUUCCGAUCUGGCCAGAGCUGCACGCACGUGCUCUUGGGGCACAGCGCGCCCGUGACCUGCAUCGCGCUCGGGGGACCCGCCGAUCCGACCAUUUGCUCGGGGUCGGCCGACGGCACAGUCAAGGUGUGGGAUCUCCGCGCAACGGGCCGGGGCGCGCGGCUCGAGCUCUCGGGGCACACGGGGCGCGUCACGGUGCUUCAGCGCGACUUUACCAAAGUCAUUUCCGGCAGCGAAGACGGGUCGCUUCGAGUGUGGAACACGCACACGGGCGCGUGCAACCAAGUGCUCGAAGGCCACGUCUCGGGCAUCACGGGCCUCGGCGUGCGCGACAGCGUCGGCCCCAACCUCGUGUCGUCGUCCUGGGACGGCACGGUGCGUAUUUGGAAUGUGAGCAUGGAGAGUUAG